CUUUUACACGAUAAAUUUCGAUCGCUGAACCAGACAGCUCCCCCUGCAUCCUUUUCUUUUGUUUUGGUUUUCUCAGUAGCACUAUGGGCAUUACGAAAGAUGUCAUCAGCGCCGGAGACGGCACUAAUUUUCCGAAAGCGGGUGACAAAUUAACGAUGCAUUAUCACGGCACCCUGGCGUCUAACGGACAGAAAUUUGAUGCCUCAAGAGAUCGUGGCCGCCCCUUUCAAUUUACCAUUGGAAUCGGACAGGUCAUUCGUGGAUGGGACGAAGGCGUCAUGCAAAUGAGCUUGGGCGAAACUGCUAUGCUGCAUAUUUCCAGUGAUUAUGGCUAUGGGCGUCAAGGAGCUGGUGGAGUUAUUCCACCCAACGCUGACUUGGACUUUAAGGUCGAACUCUUGGCAAUCAAUGCCAAGAGCCAGGGGUCUGCGUAGUCAGGAAAUCCGACCUGACUUAAUUUCAAAAUCACAUCCACUUGUGUUCCACC